AAUCCCUCUUCUCUCCAUCAUCAGAUUUCUCACCUCGUAUACCACUCAAUUGACAAUGGCAUCCAUUAUCGCCGGCGGCCUACACAAGGCCCAAGAAGCGGUGCAGAACACUGCAUCAAAGAAUAAGAAGAUGGUUGAUCUGCAGCAAGACACUGCAAACAUUCACACGAAGCUCCCCAUCACCACCGAUCAUGGCACGAAAAUGGAGAAUGCCGAUAACUGGCUCAAGAUCGUAGAUGAUGGGAAGCGGACUGGGCCGUCGUUGUUGGAGGAUCAGAUUGCUAGAGAGCGGAUCCACCGCUUCGACCACGAGCGCAUUCCCGAGCGUGUCGUGCAUGCACGUGGCACAGGCGCGUUUGGUAACUUCAAGCUCAAGGAGAGUAUUGAAGAUCUCACGUAUGCCAAGGUCUUGACGGAUACGUCGAGGAACACGCCUGUUUUUGUGCGCUUUUCCACUGUACAGGGGAGUAAGGGAAGUGCGGAUACGGUUCGUGAUGUUCGGGGUUUCGCGGUGAAGCUUUAUACGGAUGAGGGAAAUUGGGAUAUUGUCGGGAACAACAUUCCCGUUUUCCCUAUCCAGGAAGCCUUCAAGUUUCCGGAUUUUGUCCACGCGGUCAAGCCAGAACCACAAAAUGAAGUCCCCCAAGCGCAAACUGCGCACAACAACUUCUGGGACUUUGUGUACUUGCACCCCGAAGCCACUCAUUUCUUCAUGUGGGCUAUGUCUGACCGCGCGAUUCCGCGGUCUUUCCGCAUGAUGCAGGGAUUCGGAGUGAACACAUUCUCCCUGAUCAACGCGCAAGGAAAGCGCCAUUUUGUCAAGUUCCAUUGGAUCCCGCAUCUGGGUGUGCACUCGCUCGUCUGGGACGAGGCACUCAAGCUCGCUGGUCAGGACCCGGACUUCCAUCGCAAGGAUUUGAUGGAGGCUAUUGACAACAAGGCAUAUCCGAAAUGGGACUUUGCUAUCCAGGCCAUUCCCGAGGAGAACCAGGAUGAUUUCGACUUUGAUAUUCUGGAUGCCUCGAAGGUUUGGCCCGAAGAGCUUGUCCCGCUACGCGUUGUUGGAGAGCUGGAAUUAAACCGCAAUGUGGACGAGUUCUUCCCGCAAACGGAGCAGGUUGCCUUCUGUACCAGCCAUAUUGUUCCCGGUGUUGAUUUCUCCGAUGACCCAUUGCUGCAAGGCCGGAACUUUUCCUACUUCGAUACACAGAUCAGCCGUUUGGGCAUCAACUGGGAGGAGCUUCCUAUCAACCGUCCCGUGUGCCCCGUGUUCAACUUCAACCGCGAUGGCCAGAUGCGUCACCGUAUCACACAGGGAACUGUCAACUACUGGCCCAACCGUUUCGAAGCCGCACCGCCAGCCAAACCAGGCGAGGGAGGUUUCGAGAGCUAUCCGCAACAAACUGUGGGUAUCAAGAAGCGCGGCUUGAGCGACAAGUUCCGCGAGCACCACAAUCAAGCUCAACUAUUCUACAACUCCAUGUCUCCGGUUGAGAGAUUCCACAUGAAGAAGGCCUUCAGCUUCGAGUUAGACCACUGCGACGACCCCACCGUCUACGAACGCCUCGCCGGCCACCGUCUCGCCGAAAUCGACCUAGAUCUCGCACAGACAGUCGCUGAACUGGUCGGCGCCACAAUCCCCUCCAAGCAACUCCGCCAAAACCACGGCAAGAAAGCCUUCCACCUUUCCCAAACCGACUUCACCCCGCAAAAGCCCACAAUCGCCAGCCGCCGCAUCGCCAUCCUCAUCGGCGACGGCUACGACCCCGUCGCCUUCUCCGCCAUCAAAACCGCCAUCCUAGCCGCCAGCGCCCUUCCCUUCAUCAUCGGCACCCGCCGCUCCGCCAUCUACGCCGAAGGCGAAAACAAAACCAAUUCCAAGGGCGUCAUCCCAGACCACCAAUACGACGGCCAGCGAUCCACCAUGUUCGACGCAACAUUCAUCCCCGGUGGUUCGCACGUCAAGCAGCUCCAGAACAACAACCAGUUGCGCUACUGGGUGCAGGAGUCGUUUGGGCAUUUGAAGGCGAUUGGAGCCACGGGUGAAGCGACGGACUUUGUGAGACAGAAUUUGGCGACUGUGGAUGGGUUGCAGGUUGCUACGCCGGCGAAGGCGGAGCCGUUGGAUUGGUAUGGGGUUGUUACUGCUAGGGCUGUACAGAAGCCGGAGACGUUUAGGGAGGGGGUGAGGAUUGCGAGGGAUGCGCCGGAUUUUGUGGGUAAGUUUUUCUAUGCGGUUGCGCAGCAUAGGAACUUUCCGAGGGAGAUGGAUGGGUUUAGUACGCAGGUUGCAUUUUAAUCUUUUGUCCGGGU